AUGAAAGACAUAGAAAAUAUGAAUAAUGUGACAGAGUUUCUUCUACUGGGACUCACAGAGGAUCUGAAGAUGCAGAAAAUCAUAUUUGCUGUGUUUUUCGUCAUUUAUAUCAUUUCUAUUGUAGGAAAUGUCCUCAUCAUGGUCACCAUCACUGCAAGCCCAUCAUUGGGAUCCCCCAUGUACUUUUUCCUCGCCUCUCUCUCCUUUAUUGAUGCCUGCUAUUCCUCUGUCAGUACCCCUAAACUGAUUGUAGAUUCACUCUGUGAAAAUAAGACCAUCCUAUUCAAUGGAUGUAUGACCCAAAUCUUUGGAGAACAUUUCUUUGGAGGUGCUGAAAUCAUCCUGCUCACUGUGAUGGCGUAUGACCGCUAUGUGGCCAUCUGCAAGCCCUUGCACUACACAAUCAUCAUGAACUGGAGGGUUUGUGGCCUGCUAGUGGGAGUGGCAUGGAUGGGAGGCUUUCUUCAUGCAACCAUACAGAUCCUCUUCAUCUUCCGAUUAUCUUUCUGUGGCCCUAACAUCAUAGAUCACUUUAUGUGUGACCUGAAUCCUUUGCUCAAUCUUGUCUGCUCUGAUACCCACACUCUAGGACUCUUCGUUUCAGCCAACAGAGGUUUCAUCUGUAUGUUAAACUUCCUCCUCUUGCUGGUCUCCUAUGUGGUCAUCCUGUGCUCUCUAAGGACGCACAGCUUGGAGACGAGGCGCAAAGCCCUCUCCACCUGUUUCUCCCACAUCACAGUGGUCGUCUUAUUCUGUGUGCCCUGCAUAUGUGAGCACAUGAGACCUGCAGCUACUUUAUCAAUAGACAAAGCAGUUGUUGUAUCCUAUACUAUGAUAACCCCCAUGUUAAUCCCUUAA